AGGUGACGCUGCUGGGUGUAGAACAAGGAAAACCCUCGGGGUGUAGGAAUACACAGAAGCCACACUCCGCCUUUGGCAGGUGCACAACGUAGAUAUAUCAUUAAUGAGAAGUGAUAGCCAUGCGAUAUGGUGUUUUGCAUAUUCUACUACAGACGGCAUUUUACACAAAACCAUCCCUGUCUUUUCAGCAAAAGAUAUAGCGACUGACCUAAUGCAUCUUUGCUGGAUGAUCCUUUGUCUAUCUUGGUGACCAAAGUCAAGCGACAAAAUGUCUGGUACGUACACCCCAGCUCCUGGUGGAUCCUUUUCUGCUCUCACCCCAAGCAUGUGGCCCCAGGACAUUUUAGCCAAAUAUCAUCAGAAAGAUCCUGCAGAACAGCCUGAACAACAGUAUGAUGAGUUUGGCUUCAGGAUAGACAUUGAAGACGACGGGGAACCCAAAAUAAGAUUGGGCACUGAAGGCUCACCCCAGUGUGAAGACCCUCAGCAGCGGCUCCGCUGGCAAGCACAUUUGGAGUUCACCCAUAACCAUACAGUGGGGGACCUAACCUGGGAUCUAAUCGAUCCUGUCCUUCCACGGUCCGAGCGUCUGCGGUCCUUGGUUCUCGGUGGCAUACCUCACAGCAUGAGGCCACAGUUAUGGAUGCGUCUGUCUGGAGCACUGCAAAAGAAGAGGACCUCUGAAAUUUCCUACAAAGAAAUCGUCAAGAACUGUUCUAAUGAUGACACCAGCACAGCUAAACAAAUUGAAAAGGACCUGUUACGGACUAUGCCAACCAAUGCAUGUUUUAGUACUCUUAAUAGCGUCGGAGUCCCAAGACUUAGACGGGUCCUGAGAGGCCUGGCAUGGCUCUACCCGGAUAUUGGCUACUGUCAGGGCACUGGCAUGGUUGUUUCCUGCUUGCUGCUCUUUAUGGAAGAGGAGGACGCAUUAUGGAUGAUGUGUGCUUUGAUCGAGGACCUCCUUCCUCCAUCUUACUUCUCCUCCACCCUGCUGGGCGUCCAAACAGAUCAGAGGGUUCUCAGGCAGCUCAUUGUUCAGUACCUGCCUGCUCUGGACCGCCUCCUCCUAGAGCAUGACAUUGAGAUGUCUCUAAUCACUUUGCACUGGUUUCUGACAUCAUUUGCCAGUGUGGUUGACAUCCGUCUGCUUCUAAGGAUCUGGGAUCUGCUCUUUUAUCAGGGCUCGGUUGUGCUCUUCCAGGUCACACUGGGUAUGCUGAAAAUUAAGGAGGAGGAGCUUAUUUCAUCAGAGAACUCUGCAUCUAUUUUUAACACCCUGUCAGACCUACCAAGUCAGUUAAAAGAUGGGCCUGCAGUUCUAGGAGAGGCUAUGAGGAUAGCAGGGACGCUAACCCAGGAAACUCUGGAGGCUCAUCGUCACAAGCACCUUGCUUAUAUUCUCAAUGAGCAGGCACAGCUGAACAACGGCAACAACUCAACAAUCAGUACAAACCUCAACAAGGUGGUGAGGAGGCAGUCGCUGCGCAGGAAGUCCACACUGACAUCUCUGCUGUUUGGGGAAGAUGAGGCUGAAGCCCUGAAAUCCAAAAAUAUUAAGCAGACUGAGUUGGUGGCUGCUCUAAGGGAGGCUAUAACUCGUACUGCAGAGCACUUCCACUGUCUAGACCCCCGGCAUUCCAACACUGACCUGACCCCAGAUUACUCCAUGGAGAGCCACCAACGAGAUCAUGAAAACUUUCUGGUGGUGUCUCGUAACAGACGGAGACGGGCAAAGGCUUUGCUGGACUUUGAGCGUCAUGAUGAUGAUGAAUUGGGCUUCCGAAAGAAUGACAUCAUCACUAUCAUUUCACAAAAAGAUGAGCACUGUUGGGUCGGGGAGCUCAAUGGCCUUAGAGGUUGGUUUCCAGCCAAGUUUGUUGAGAUUCUGGAUGAAAGAAGCAAGGAGUACUCGCUAGCAGGAGAUGACUCAGUGACAGAGGCGGUGACUGACCUUGUCAGAGGAACUCUGUGUCCUGCUCUGAAGGCCAUCUUUCAGCAUGGAUUAAAAAAGCCCUCCAUACUUGGAGGGCCUUGCCAUCCAUGGUUAUUCAUAGAGGAGGCAGCUAGUUGUGAGGUGGAAAGGGACUUUAAUUCUGUCUACUCCAGACUUGUGCUUUGCAAAACAUACAGGUUGGAUGAAGAUGGUAAAGUUCUUACACCAGAGGAGUUGCUCUACAGAGCAGUGCAGUCUGUAAACAUGAGCCAUGACUCUGUUCAUGCUCAGAUGGAUGUCAAGUUCAGAUCUCUUGUCUGUGUUGGCCUUAAUGAGCAGGUGCUUCAUCUGUGGUUGGAGGUGUUAUGCUCGAGCAUGGCUGCUGUUGAGAAAUGGUAUCAUCCAUGGUCAUUUCUUCGCAGUCCUGGUUGGGUGCAGAUCAAGUGCGAGCUCAGGGUUCUGUCAAAGUUUGCCUUCAGUCUCUCUCAGGACAGUGAGCUGCCCGACAAAAAAGUGGAGAAGGAGCAAAAACCACUAAAAGAAGGGGUGCAGGAUAUGCUGGUGAAACAUCAUCUCUUUAGCUGGGAUAUCGAUGGCUGAACACAGCUUUACCCCAUGAUACGCUGGUGUAGAUUCUCAGUCAUCCUGGACGUAUCAAUCUGAAGUGCUUCAGUAGAGAUCAUCAGGACCUCUGCUGUUUCUUUGACCUCUCAGCUAAACAAUAUUUUUCAUUCUGAAAAUAACUUGAAGCAUCGGGCUUAUAAAUGUUGUCAGAACAACUGCAUGUUUCUUCCAACCGUGUUCAGAUCUGAAUUAUGUGUAAGAGACAAAAUGUCUUUAAGAAACUAAAGAGGUCCAUUUGCUUUCUACUUGAGCAGUGGGCUGCAUUCUAGUUUGUAUUUCAGCUACUGGUUGCAAUCCACAUCCAAUUUAAAAACAUCUUCUCCCGUUGGUCAUGAGCGCCAAAGUAACGACUGAAACCCAGUAAUGUUCAUCUGUUUUGUACAGACUAAAGUUUGGUGCAUACUUUAUUUCUCUUUGAAUCCUGCAUCAGAGGUUAUGCCACAAGACAAAACUUCCAUGUUGUACAGAAUAAUCUGUACUAGUAGAACCUGUUAACACUAACUUCUGUGGAUAAAUUACAAGUGCAAAACCCAUAACUGAUCAUCUAAAAAAUGUUUUAAAAUGACCUUCACUUCCCCAUGCUGUCAACUCCUACAUUUUAGUACCAAAAAGGAACAUUCCUAAUCAUAAGUCUGUAAAGAGAAACUAUUUUUGAAUGUUACUUUCUUCAGUACUCUAAAAUUCAUUAAACAUGUCAGAUUACUGUCUUAUUUCAUGUGCCAGGUCAGCCACAGAUCAUGAACUGUGUCUACUACCUUAAUAAGGGUAGUACAAAACGCACUUGUAUCAUUUAAAAUAAUGUAGCUACUUUUUGUGUUACAUCAUUACAUGUUACAAUAAAAUAAUAUAUAAUGAA